AAGCCUGUAGCUGCUUCUCUGUGCAUUGGACCAAAGGGAGACAUGCAUGGUGUCUCACCUGGAGAGUGUGCAGUCAGGCUGGUGAAGGCUGGUGCCCAGAUUGUGGGAGUCAACUGCCACUUUGACCCCAUGACCUGCGUGGAGACCGUGAAGUUGAUGAAAGAGGGAGUGGAGAAGGCUGGUCUGAAGGCUCACUACAUGGUUCAGCCGCUGGCAUUCCACACUCCUGACUGCAACUGCCAGGGAUUCAUUGAUCUGCCAGAGUUCCCCUUCGCCCUAGAACCCAGAAUCCUAACCCGCUGGGACAUGCAUAAGUAUGCCAGGGAGGCAUACAAGGCUGGCAUCCGAUUCAUUGGUGGCUGCUGUGGUUUUGAGCCCUAUCACAUCAGGGCUUUGGCACAGGAACUGGCCCCUGAAAGAGGCAUAAUACCCGCUGGAUCAGAGAAACAUGGAAUGUGGGGUAGUGGUCUGGAGAUGCACACCAAGCCUUGGGUCAGAGCCAGGUCCUGUCGUGAAUACUGGGAGAAGAUCUUGCCUGCAUCCGGUUGCCCCAAAUCCGCAUCCAUGUCCACACCAGAAGGCUGGGGUGUGACCAAGGGUGAUGCUGAACUGCUUCAGCACAAAGAAGCCACCACCAGCAAGGAAAUGAGGUUGAAAACAAAAGGCCAACAACUGGGAGGGAAUCCAACAACAACACCAAGAACCAUCUAAUCCGGACCAAACUAGUAUCGCAC